AUGUCGUCAGGGGCCUUCGUCGACAGGAUAGAUCCCUUCGCCAAGCGAUCUCUCAAGAAGAAAUCCAAGAAGUCGCAGGGUUCUUCCCGAUAUCGCAACUCCCAGGAUGUUGAGCUUCAGCAGUUGCCUCUGCUUAAAGAUGUUAACGCUGCAGAGCAGGAGGAAUUGUUUAUCAAAAAAUUACGUCAAUGCUGCGUGGCGUUCGAUUUCAUGGACCCAAUGGCUGAUCUCAAAGGCAAGGAAAUUAAACGAAGUACGCUCAAUGAAUUAGUCGAAUAUAUCACAGCAGGGCGAGGUGUCCUCACCGAGCCUAUUUAUCCGGAAACUAUCAAGAUGGUUUCUGCAAAUCUAUUCCGUACAUUGCCACCUAGCGAAAAUCCAGAUUUUGAUCCAGAAGAAGAUGAUCCAACCUUGGAGGCGAGUUGGCCUCAUCUUCAGUUGGUUUAUGAAGUCUUCCUUCGUUUUCUCGAAUCUUCAGAUUUCCAGCCUGCUAUUGGCAAAAAAGUUAUUGACCAAAAAUUCGUGUUACAGUUAUUGGACUUGUUUGACUCGGAAGACCCCAGAGAAAGAGAUUUCCUGAAAACCGUUUUGCAUCGUAUUUAUGGCAAGUUCCUGGGUCUUAGAGCCUUCAUACGCAAACAGAUUAACAACAUUUUUUUGAGGUUUGUGUACGAAACAGAACAUUUCAACGGGGUUGGUGAACUUCUUGAAAUUCUGGGUAGCAUUAUUAAUGGAUUCGCUCUUCCUUUAAAAGUUGAGCACAAGCAAUUUUUGGUUAAGGUGUUGUUGCCACUACAUAAAGUGAAAUGUUUAUCGCUCUAUCAUGCGCAAUUAGCUUAUUGUGUGGUACAAUUUUUGGAAAAAGACGCGACUUUAACAGAACCAGUUGUACGAGGCCUCCUUAAGUUCUGGCCUAAAACGUGCAGCCAGAAGGAGGUGAUGUUCCUUGGUGAAAUUGAAGAAAUAUUGGACGUUAUAGAACCUAACCAAUUUGUUAAAAUACAAGAACCUUUAUUCAGGCAAGUCGCACGUUGCGUGUCUUCACCACAUUUCCAGGUUGCAGAGAGAGCAUUGUACUUUUGGAAUAACGAAUAUAUAAUGUCUCUAAUUGAAGAAAACAACCAAGUAAUAAUGAAGAUUAUGUUUCCAGCAUUGUACAAAAUUAGCAAGGAACAUUGGAACCAGACGAUUAUAGCUCUUGUUUACAAUGUUUUAAAAACGUUUAUGGAGAUGAACAGCAAGCUCUUCGAUGAACUUACUGCCAACUAUAAGUUGGACAGGCAAAAAGAGAAAAGGAAAGAAAGAGAAAGGGAUGAGAUGUGGAAGAAACUAGCCGAAUUAGAACGACGCAAUACUCUCGACCGUAAUGCUCUCGCAGUUUCCUCCAAUAAUCCAGUUCCUGCCACUAACACAUCUAUGAUGCGAACUCGUCCUUGAACUAGUAAGAAUAUUAUUUCAUCUAUUUCUAGAAACUUAA